AUGGGACAUACAGUUAAACAUCUCUCUGACAAGCUGUCUUCACACGGAAUAAAGGCUGUUACGUACAUUAUCGAUGGGGAAAUGACAUCGAACGCCACGUACGGACAACUGUUGUCACUCUAUAACAACACCACCAACAACGACAGGAACAUCCUCGUCAUGUGCAAACUGGACUGUUUCAGCACAUUGUUUGAACAGAUUAAUCUCCAUCAGCAUCUUCAUACUGCCUACAACCAUUGUACAGCCAAUGAGACGAGUGUCACAACCAGUCACGACAUGGUCCAGCAGCUGGAGAAAGACGUAGACAGUUGGUUGGGACGGAUAGACACCUUGAUGUACAGACAGGAGGGCCGAGAGUUUAGCCCGGUUGGAUUCUUUGAUCUGGAUGGACAUCUGACUCUGAAUGUAGAGGUCUUUCCAAACACCGACUUUGGGUUCAAUAUGCGCAAAUUAAAAGUUGGAACGAAUGUGUGGCAUCCAUUUGUGAUACUAUCCGACACAUCGAGUUCUGGCUUUGGGGGGCUAUGCUUCGAUCUUCUUGAAGAAAUCUCAACUUUGCUUAACUUCACUUUUGAAGUUGCUAUUCCGGCGGAUAAAGAAUUUGGACGGGUUCUGAAUGGUUCAUGGACAGGGCUCAUUCUCGAACUGCAGAAGAGGGAACUGGAUCUGGCCGUGGCACCACUGUCCGUAACUGUGGAACGAGAAGCAGUGAUGGACUUCACGUUUCCCUAUUACUAUGAUCAGGCUGUGGGCAUCUAUACUUUGUUGUGUAUGAUGGAAAUGAUUUGGUCAUCAUUGAAAAGUGAUCUCACCGCGCCAAUAGGAAGCAGCUACUUCCAGGAGAGCCUCUGGUACUUAUAUGGGGCUAUGCUGUCACAUGGUGGCAGCCAACAACCACGAUCUGAGUCUGGACGAAUUCUGGUUGGGUUUUGGUGGUUGUUCUGCAUUGUAAUCGCUGCUUCUUACAGUGGAACUCUAAUAGCUUUCCUCACUGUGAAUCGAGAUAUAUUGCCAUUCAGCACCAUAGCAGAUAUAGCAUCGCAGAACGAAUACAGAUGGGGCAUCGUUGGAGGCAGCUCCUAUGUUACAUACCUUGAAGUUAGUGUUUAA